GAGCACGCAAAUUGGUCGAGUACAAGAUCGGCUACCGUUCAGUUUGUACUAAUGUAUUGCUUUUUCGUCGUUCGAGUAUUUUGCCUCUUUUCGAUCCCUACCUCGAGUCUAUCGACAAUUGUGCAACAUCCUAUCAUUUCAAACAGGCUUUUCUGGAAAAACGACGUGCGAUGGAGAAGCAUGAAGUAUCGGUGAAGGAGCCAGGCAGAUUGCGGCAGUUCAUUUUCACGGUGAUUGUAAAUCUAUCAUCGAUGUGCUAUGGAUUCAUUGCUGGAUGGCAAUCACCGGCAGUUCUUCAACUCCAGGAUCCAAAAUCGCCGGCCGUAGGAGGAGAGCCUAUGUCGGACGAAGGUGUAUCCUGGAUGAAUGGCCUUUUGACUCUGACGGGCACCUUUAUGACAAUGCUGUUUGCGGUAAUACCCGACAAGUUCAGUCGAAAGAGAUUCGGUUAUGCUAUAGCAUUGCCGACGAUGGUAUCUUGGCUGUUGAUUAUCUUCGCAACCGAACAUAUCCAUAUCUACAUAGCGAAAGCUCUGGGUGGUAUCGCUGGAGCUGCUGUGUUUUUCCUAGUGCCGACCUAUGUGUCAGAGAUCUCGUGCGACAGCAUUCGCGGCUUAUUAGCAAGUAUCAUACAAUUUACUCUAACUUUCGGAAUAUUGCUGGCUUACAUCUUAGGCGGCAUGAUGUCCUUGUAUAAUCUCGCUGUGGUCGGUGCGAUUUUGACUGCAUUGUACGUCAUCGCUUUUGCCUUUAUGCCGGAAUCACCGGUUUACCUGAUACGCCAAAACCGUAUGCGUGAAGCAGUUAGAUCGUUGAAUUGGUUGAAAGCUGGAGAUACUGUGGUCGUAGAACAGACAUUGUCGCAUCUACAAUUGCAAGUUAAGGAAGCCGCGUGCACAAAAGCCGCCAAACUAUCGGAUUUAUUUAGAGACAGAGCAACGAUAAAAGGACUAAUUAUCAUCUUGGGCUUGUACGGUGGUCAACAAUUUUCUGGGAUCUUUGCGGUGAUCAGUUACACGGAGAGUAUUUUCAAAAUGGCAGGCAGUUCCUUAUCGCCAAACAUGUCAUCAGUUAUUGUGGGAGCUAUAAUGCUCCUUGGUUGCUUUCUGUCGACGUCUUUAAUAGAACGUGCGGGUAGACGGUCUUUGCUUUUGAUAUCUUGCGCAGCAAUGUGCAUGUGUCAUUGUGUGAUCGGCACAUUCUGCUACCUCCAGCAGUUACAAUAUGAUGUAUCCGUUUAUAGUUGGAUACCAAUCGCAGCACUCUCUUUCUUCAUGAUAACGUACGCCCUAGGAAUGGGCAGCGGACCAAUCGUGAUAAUGUCCGAGAUAUUCAGCCGCGACGUAGCCAGCAUAGCCGCGACUGUGGGUUUCAUCAUGUCCUGGGGCUCAUCCUUCGUCGUAGUGAAGAUCUUUGCCGACCUCAUCGCUCUACUAGGCAUGCACGGCUGUUUCUUCCUUCUCGCUAUCUCUUGCGCGUGCAGUUUCGUGUUCUGCUUCGUAUUAGUACCGGAGACUAAAGGACGGACGCGCGAAGAUAUUGUCGAAGAGCUCAAUGGAAGUAAGCAGUAUAAAGAGAAAAAGAAUGUCAAGCAUGCGGCAAUCGUAUAAAAAUAUUAUCCAUAUGUAUGAAGUGUUCAUCGGAAAGGACUCCGGCAGAGAGAUUUAUAAAAAGAGGAUAUAAGACUCUUAAUAGAUGUAAAUUAGUUCUAAAUAAAGUUUGUAAAUAAAAAAGGAAAAAAUCACGUUAAAAUAAUGAUGGCUUCACAUAAAAUCAAAUGUUUUGUUGACGGAUCAAUUUAAUUUGGCAAGUCUAAGUUUGAAGAUAUCAUGCGAAUCUUUAUUUAGAGAAAGUAAAUAAAGAGUUGUAGAAUAGUCUUGAGAUUUAUAAUGAUUAAUGUUUUAUAUAUUUAGUUAAAGGUGUGAUUGUGGAUUGGAUGUUUAGUAUUCAUAAUUUAUUGGAAGCAUUAGAAAUGUAAGGAUGACAUUAUGUAGUUAGAGAAAAUAAAGAGGAAAAUUUACGACACAGAAAUAAAAGAAGUGUAUAUCAACGAGAGAAUAAAAUAAUUAUUACAAUGAAAGAAAACCGCUUGGCUUCUAAACUUACAAUUUAUGAAGGCAUAAGCCAUCUGAAGAUAAGACCCUAUAUUGAAACAGUUAAACAAUGUUACAAAUGUUUUAAAUUUGAUUAUAUAAAGAUUUAUAAAAGGAAAGCAAAGGCAUUUAAAUGUCUUAUCAGUGAUAAUACAGCACAUGGCAAUUUUGUAAUGAGAUUCCGAGAUGCUGUAAUUGUGGCAAUAAUCACAGGUCGACGUUCAAAGAGUGUCCACUUUUUCACAAAAAUAUAGAUAUUAAUAUGAUUAUGGCCUGUGACCUAUGAUAACGUUUUAUAUCAUGCAAGAAUGACAAUAUAGAACAAGAUCAAGACUAGUGACGAGAUAUAAUAAAGAUAUGAAGCAGUUUUUCAAGAUGACUCGAAUUACGUAUGCAGAUAUCACUAAAUAAAUAGGAAAGAUAAGUGAAGAAGCAAUUCCUGAGAAGAAGAGAAGAAACAAGAAGUAAAGAGAGGAGAUUUCGAGACAAAAAAGUAGAAAAGAGUAUAAUAUGUAGUAUACAAAAUAGGAAAGAAGAUUCUAAAAUGUGUAAAAAUAAAUCAUCAUAAUAUAAGCAGUUUAAUAUUAGACGAAAGGAAAUUUUAAAGACUAGAAAAGGAUUGAUAUUUCAUAGAUAUGAAAAUGAGAUGGAGGUAGACAAGGGAUCUAGUCCUGGAAACCGGAAUAUGAUACCAUAGAAUAAAACAAGUAAAAGCUAAUAAAAAAUGGCCAAUUUCUGGUAUAAAAUAGAUAAAGUAGGAUACACGAUGAAAUUCUUGAAGAAACUGAAAAAAAUUAUACAGAUUUUAAUUCAGUGUUAAAAAAAAAAGAAAUAUAAAGAUAGAUAGUUUUAUCACAUGAUUUCAACUAUUUCGUCGUCUUAAGAUUAGAGAAAUGUGAAAAUUGACAGUAAAACAUUAUUCGCUCAAUUUAAAACAAACACUGACAGAUUUGUUACUUUAUGGAGUCAAUAAUAAGAUUUAAGAAUUAAUAAGAUAUUUAACGUUGAUUAUAAAAACUUGUGAUAUAAA